UUGCGUUCGAUGAGUAGUACUCGGUGCUCUGUUAGUAGACCUGCGUGCGGCUAGCAGCUAGCUAGCUACGCAGUAGCAAUUCGGCGUCGGGCAGCAAGUCUAAACAGUGGACCAAUGCCUUAGCUAACUAUUCUACUUUGCCUUCCCCCGAAACACGAAUGCUGUUCAUUCGUGCAGGUGGACGCCGUUCUUCAUCAGCAAAAUAAAUCGCCGAUUUUAGAUUUACAUUUUUUUAUGUCCGUUUAGGCCAAAGCUAGCUAAGUGGCUAACGUUAGCAGCUCCCAAAGAUGAAGAAAGCAGAAAGUGGGUCGGAUCAGGACGCUACAGAACAUCCUGUCGUGUAACGACACCCCACCCUUCCAGCUUAGACGAGGUCGACGACCCUUACCACUGAUCAUGGCGUCCUCUCCCAGAAACUCGGUGCACAUCCUGUCCAGGCGGGAGCGCGGCUGGCAGACGUGCGGCUCGCAGCGCCUCCUCCAGCUGCUCGUGGAGGAGAAAGUGCGCUCGAUGAAGUGGCAGAGUCAGAAAGUGGAGCUGCCCGACAGCCCGAGAUCCACAUUCCUGUUGGCCUUCAGCCCCGACCGGACCCUCAUGGCCUCCACGCACGUCAACCACAAUAUUUACAUCACGGAAGUCAAGACUGGAAAGUGCCUCCAUUCUCUAGUGGGCCACCGUAGAACUCCCUGGUGCGUGACCUUUCACCCCACCAUUCCCGGCCUGGUGGCCUCCGGGUGCCUUGAUGGUGAAGUUCGCAUCUGGGACUUGCAUGGCGGUAGCGAGAGUUGGUACACUGACAGCAACGUGGCCAUCGCCUCGCUGGCCUUCCACCCGACUGCUCAGCUUCUCCUCAUCGCUACCAACAACGAGCUACACUUCUGGGACUGGAGCCGACCGGAACCGUUUGCAGCCGUCAAGACUGGCAGCGACGCCGAGCGAGUGAGGUUGGUAAGGUUUGAUCCGCUAGGUCACAACCUGUUGACGGCCAUCGUCAAUCCGUCCAAUCAGCAGAACGAGGACGAAGCCGACGUUCCCAUGGACAGCGUGGAGAUGCCCCACUUCCGCCAGCGCUCCUUUUUGCCUCAACCGGUUCGCCGCACUCCCAUCCUCCACAACUUCCUGCACAUACUCUCGUCCCGCUCCCCGGGGACACAGGGUACGGGGGAGCCGCCCAGGCCCCUCAGUGACAAUGUGGCUCAUGCGGGGGAGUCUCCUGGCACCCCCCUGGCCCCGUUCCCCAACACGGAGCGUGGGCCGUCCUUCCUCGGCUGCACUCGCUUCCUUGGAAUGGUAUGCAUGUGCAGUCACUGCUCAACCAAUCGCGGCCCCUCGCUGAUGAGCACUGCCUCCACUGGGGCAUCGCCAUCCGACCCCUCCCACCCCCCCACUUCUUCGUCUUUUUCGUCGGCUCGCACCGAACCCAGGCAGCCAUCAGAACGCCCCUCAGCCUUUACUUCUGUCUACUACAGUGCCGCCACUUCUCUCAAUGCUCCGCCUCCUGGUGGCGUGGAGCCAAACUCCACCCCCAGAGCAGGACCAGACUGGACUCAUGACUUGUUAAGCAUGAGGGACAGUGGAAUCGGCCCAGGGAUGCUGCCCCCCAGAACCUCCUCCUCUUCCUCGGUCAGCCUCCUGUCGGUGCUGCGUCGGCAGGAUGGCUCCUCCCACUCUCCGGUGUACACCUCUGCUAGCGAUGGGCGGGGCUUCCCCCAACAGGGAGACGCAGGUUCUCGAGACGGAGCCAACACCAGCAGCGGUCACCACCCAUUCUGGGACGGCGCCCGCAGCAACCCCGCCUCUUUCCGGAACGUGUUGCGAUGCAACCUGAGCCGCUACUUCCUGGAGUUUGAUCGCAUGCACGACCUGGAGCCGCCAAUGGGGGGCGGUGUCGGCAUGGGUGAGGGAAACCAAGAACAGAGCCAGGAGUUGCUGAACAACAAUGUGGACUCAGACCCAGCCAGACCCUCGUCCUCCACCUCCUCAUCCUCCCCCACUAUCAUCCAUUACCAGCCUCCUCUCCCUCCUCCUCCCUCUACACCCCACCCUCCGGAGAACAACGCCACUCCCCACGGCCACCUGAACCGCUGCCGGGCUUGUCACAACCUGCUGACCUUUAACCACGACUCUCAGCGUUGGGAGCGCACUAACCAGACCUCCUCCACCUCCUCCUCCAAUGUCCAGCCCUCCUCCUCUUCCUCUGCCUCUCCUUCCUCUCCCGCCUGGCAACAAGAUCCCGGCAGAAACGCGUUGGAUGGCCAAAUGCAGGCCAUGAGGGGGCCUCUGGAGAGCGGACAGCGCCCUCUACCUGCAGGGGGAGGAGCAUCGGCUGUGGCCUUCCCACUAGUCUCGUCCUCUGGUCAGCCCACCGAGCAGACCGUUGGUCUGAUGUACAACCAGGACACGGCCCAGUGGGAGAGGGUGUACCGACAGGCUGCUCCAGCCCGACCCCCUGAGCCUCCAGAGGCCUUAAACCAAGAAAUGCCUGUGGACCCCCCAGACGAAGACUCCCUCAGGAGGAGACUUUUAGAAUCUUCUCUAAUGUCUCGCUAUGACAUGACGAGCUCUAGAGACCACCCGAUCUACCCUGACCCGGCCAGACUCUCCCCUGCAGCGUACUACGCCCAGAGAAUGAUCCAGUAUUUGUCCAGGCGAGACAGCAUUCGCCAGCGCUCUCCCCGCUACCAACAGAACCGCUUGCGGGCCAUGUCUUCAUCUUCUGAUGGGCCAGCGAGUAAUGCGUCUAACUCUAUAGACAACAGUGACGUGGACUUUGACGAGUUGGACGAUAACAGCGAGCGAGCACGGCACAGGACUCCCCGAAAUGCCAGAAUGUCGGCGCCAUCGUUGGGUCGCUUCGUUCCAAGGCGCUUUCUUCUUCCUGAGUACUUGCCAUACGCCGGAAUCUUCAAUGAGCGAGGCCAGCCGGGCCUGGCCACGCACUCGUCAGUCAACAGAGUGUUGGCCGGUGCGUCCAUCGGCGACGGGCAGUCUGCAGUGGCCAGCAACAUCGCCAACACUACCUACCGCCUGCAGUGGUGGGACUUCACCAAGUUUGACCUGCCAGAGAUCAGCAACGCGUCCGUCAACGUCCUGGUGCCAAACUGUAAGAUCUACAACGAUGCUAGUUGCGACAUCUCCGCCGAUGGCCAGCUGCUGGCUGUUUUUAUCCCCAGCAGUCAGCGGGGUUUUCCGGAUGAGGGCAUCCUGGCCAUCUACUCUCUGGCCCCCCACAACCUGGGAGAGAUGCUCUACACCAAAAGAUUUGGUCCUAAUGCCAUUUCGGUUAGCUUGUCGCCGCUGGGCUGUUACGUGAUGGUGGGCUUGGCCUCUCGCAGGAUCCUGCUGCAUCCCACCACCGACCACAUGGUGGCGCAAGUCUUCCGUCUGCAGCAGCCCCACGGAGGAGAGACGUCCAUCAGGAUGGUCUUCAACGUGGUUUACCCCAUGGCUCCAGACCAGCGGCGCCAUGUCAGCAUCAAUUCUGCUCGCUGGCUUCCUGACCCCGGUAUGGGUCUGGCUUAUGGAACCAACAAGGGGGACCUGGUCAUCUGCAGGCCUGUAUUCUACCGCACUGACGGUGAGAGUCCUGCUGAGUCCAGCAAUGAACCUUUGUUCUCUGUCAACAAUGGCAGCAGCCGGACCCGCGGUUCUGAACGACCCGGACCCAGUCGCACAGGAUGGAGACUGGACCGGGACAUGGGGUUGAUGAACGCCAUAGGUCUUCAGCCCAGAAACCCCGCCCCUUCUGUGACAUCACAAGGAACACAGACACCAGUUGUCCAGCUGCAGAACGCCGAGACUCAAACAGAGAUCGCGGAACCCCGACCCCAGCAGCCACAACCCGCCCUGCCUCCACCCAGUGCUCAAGCAGCGGACGGCCAUACUGAGUCUCAGAACAUGCAAGGUCCGGACAGCGGUCAUGUUGAAGCGUCAGCAGAAGUCCCAGUGAGCCCAGGCGAGCUUCCAGAGGGGGGAAGUUCGAGUGAAGACGCGUUGGCUCGAAUCCGCCGGCUGAUUGCCGAGGGCGGUAUGACUGCGGUGGUGCAGCGGGAACAGAGCACCACAAUGGCGUCCAUGGGCGGUUUCGGGAACAACAUCAUCGUCAGUCAUCGUAUCCACCGCGGGUCGCAGACCAACACGAGGACCGCCAGACCCGCUGCCAACCCCCCCUCCUCGUCCUCCUCCCUAGGGUCAGUCCUCGUGAACCACCCCCAGACGGUGACCCCCUCAGCCCCCAUGUGGGGCCCCCAGCUCUCCUCCAGCCUCAUCUCGCCUGACGACGCGGAUGACGUUUUUGACGGCGGGAGAGCCGUCGAUGACUCUCUACCAGGCCCCUCCUCUUCCUCCCCACUUAUGUCUUCUCCCUCCCCUCAUAGCAAUGGCAACAGUUACCACGGCGAUCCCUACAGCAGGUAGUCAUUCCAUUGGACAAGAAGAGAUGUGAGUGAACGGUGCUGCUCGGACUUCAGUGGCGCCCGCGUCGGACUGAAGUGCCAACAUUCCUCGCCGCAAAAGGGCUCCCGCUUGAACGAGUGCCGACUUGGACCCCUCCUGUCAUAAAGUGCCACGUCGCCAGCUGUUUGGUGUCACGUGACCUUGCCGCCGUCUGACGUGAAUCAGCACUUGUGAGUGUGUGCGUGUCUGUUUUUGUACCAUGUGACCUUUGAUACCUGCGAGAGGAGGCGGGACUCCACCGCUGUCAAUCAUUCGUGACGACUGAAGCUCCUCCUAAUGCUGCAGUUCAUCAAACUGAACACCCCUCCCCCGCAUCCUGUGUGUGUGCGUUUGCGCAGCUGCUUGUUGACUUAAUUUAUUUGUGCAAAUGAAGACAAAAAUAGAAGCAGCAGAUCACGUGAUGUCUUUAUUGAUACUUUUUAUUUGGAGUGCUUGUACCGUGGAAACAUUCCUGGUGUUGGGAAUGUUCUGAUUGGUUACGUCAUUUAAGCAGUUCAAAACCAAUUAGCUGAAAGAUGUGUGUGUAAGACCCACCCCUUACCUCCCCCACUGGACUCCUUCAAAAUAAAACUUGAACUGAUUCCUGGUUACUGCACAGGUGCUGCUUUUAUGUUUCCUCUUUUUAAACGUGAGUGCAUAUUUCUGUGUACUCGCAAGUGCACUUGUGUGUGUGUGUGUGUGUGCCUGUGUACUGAACCUCCAAAAGUGCAGUGACUUGUAAUUGUGCAGGUCACAGGUGUCGUUUCCAUGGCGACCUGGCCAAGCUCCUCCUGGCUUUACUUGAUUCGUCAACACUGAACGCUCUCAUCACAGCUCCGUCAAACUGAUGGCCGGCGCUGACCGCCAUCUUUCUUUGCUUGGACUUUUAGAUGUGAUGUCAUUAAAUAACUUUGAG